GGAUGUGCAGGCUGAUCUUGGUCUGCACUGGUCGCAAAGACAAAACCAAUUGCCGCCAGCAGGCUAAGGGUUAAUGAAAAACUGCAUUGUCCUUACCUCAUAGUUCUUAAGAAACCAUAUUAGUGGCAGAUGCAAUGGUCUUUUGAUUAUAGUGUUGGCAGCUCAUCUGGAGGUCAUAUGUUCAGGCAUUUCUGGGGUCAUUGCAGCACUUUCUCAUGACACCUUUAUUAGUUAUAUCCCUAUGAAAAACAUUUGAGAUGGAGGGCUGUCAUUAGUAACUGGUUUGUUAGUGACACUCUGUAGAAAUAUCUAUGGUCAUUCUGAUAAAUUUGAGGCAAGGCGUUAUUCAGAUUCCGAUAUUUAUAAUUCUGACCCCACAUUUUUAGCUCGACUUUUCAUAGAAAAAGUAGAGCUAUUGCACUCGCCCCAGCAUUGGUGUCGUCGUUGGUUAAAGUUUUUGAUAAAGUCAAAUAUCUCUGUUUCUUUCAAAGCUAUUGACUUGAAACUUAAAGUAGUUAUUUGCUAUCAAAGUCUACACCAGGAGAAACAAUCCCCAUAACUCUGAUUCAAAUUUUGACUCAGUUAUGCCCCUUUUUUAAAUUAGAUUUUUUUUGGUUAAAGACUAAAGUUUUUGAUAAAGUCAAAUAUCUCUGUUACUAUCAAAGCUUUUGACUUGAAACUUAAAAUAGUUAUUCAAAGUCUACACCAGGAGAAACAAUCCACAUAACUCUGAUUGAAUUUUGACAGAGUUAUGCCCCUUUUAAACUUAGAUUCUUUAGCUCACCUGAGCCAAAGGCUUAGGGUGAGCUAUUGUGAUCACUCACCGUCCGUCGGGCAUCCUUCCAUACUUCCCUUUAAACAACAUUUCCUCUUAAACCACAAGGCCAAUUUUGAUGAAACUUCACAGGGAUGUUCCUUGGAUGGUCUUCUUUAAAAAUUGUUCAAAGAAUUGAAUUCCAUACAGAACUCUGGUUGCCAUGGCAACCAAAAGUAAAAACUUAAAAAAUCUUCUUGUCUAAAACCACAGGGCCUAGGGCUUUGAUAUGGUGUGUAGCAUCAUAUAGUGGUCUUCUACCAAUAAUGUUCAAAUUAUCCCCCUAGGGUCAAAUAUGAGUUUAUAUAGACUUAUAUAGGGAAAAACUUUGAAAUCUUCUUGUCCAAAACCACAGGGCCUAGGGCUUUGAUAUUUGGUGUGUAGCAUCAUAUAGUGGUCUUCUACCAAUAGUGUUCAAAUUAUCCCCCUAGGGUCAAAUAUGAGUUUAUAUAGACUUAUAUAGGGAAAAACUUUGAAAUCUUCUUGUCCAAAACCACAGGGCCUAGGGCUUUGAUAUUUGGUAAGUAGCAUCAUCUAAUGGUCCUCUACUAAGAAUGGGCACUGCCCCAGGGGUCACAUGGUUUAUAUAGACUUACAUAGGAAAAAACCUGAAAAUCUUCUUGUCCAAAACCACAGUGCCUAAGGGUUUUGAUAUUUUGCAUGUAGCAUCAUCUAAUGGUCCUCUACCAAGGUUGUUCAAAUUAUCUCCCUAGGGUCAAAAAUGGCCCCACCCUUGGGGUCACACUUUGAAAAUCUUCAUGCACAAAAACACAUAGCCUAGGGCUUUAAUAUUUGGUAUGUUGCAUUGUAUAGUAGUCCUUCACCAAGAUUGUUCAAAUUAUUCCCCUGGCCCCACCCAGGAGUGUGUGUGUGUGUGUGUGGGGGGGGGUCAUGGUUUAAAUAAACUUGUACAGGGAAAAACCUUUUAAAAAAAUUCUUGUCUUAAACCAUAAGGUCCAGAGCUUAGAUAUUUAGUAUGUGGCAUGCUGUAGUGGUUCUCUUACAAGAUUGUUCAAAUCAUGACCCUGGGGUUAAUAUAAGCCACGCCCGGGUGGUCCCUUGUUUUACAUAGACUUAUUUGUUGUUUUGAAGCAGUGGCAAAGAAAGUUGCACCACAAGUAUGAUGUUUGAUACAGAUUUCAAUAUUCAUUUUGAAUUGUCUUAAUCAAGACCUACUGACCUACUUUCUUGUUUUUGAAGCUACAGCAAAGAAAUUUGAACCAACUGUAAUUUUUCAUAUAGAUUUCAGUAGUUUAUAUCAUUAUCUUUACUGUGACCUACUCGCCUACUUUUUUGUUUUUGAAGCUUUAGCAAAGAAAUUUGUUCAAGCAAGCAACUAAACUCGGGUGAGCCAUAUAGGGCUGUCAUGGCCCUCUUGUUUGGUUAAAGUUUUUGGUAAAGUCAAAUAUCUCUAUUACUAUCAAAGCUUUUGACUUUAAAAUUAAAAUAUUUACUUUCAAAGUCUUCACCAGGAGAAAAAAAUCCACAUAACUCUGAUUGAAUUUUGACAGAGUUAUGCCCUUUUUAACUUAGAAUGUUUUGGUUAAAGUUUUUGAUAAAGUCAAAUAUCUCUGUUACAAUCAAAACUUUUUUGACAGAGUUAUGACCCUUUUUAACUUAGAGUUUUUGAUAAACUUAAAAGUUAAAUAUCUCUGUUACUAUCAAAGCUUUUGACCUAAAACUUAAAGUAGUUAUUUACUAUCAAAGUCUUCACCAGGAGAAACAAUCCCCAUAACUCAGAUUGAAUUUUGACAGAGUUAUGCCCCUUUUUAACUUAGGAUUUUUUGGUUCAAGUUUUAUAAAGUUUUUACUGGCAAAGCUCUAAUUCAGAAAAAAAAAUCAGACAGCUCUUGUUCUGUGGCAGAUCACUAACAAACCCAAUAACUGAUUCAUUCUAACAACCACUUUUUUCAGUCACCAUGUUUAAACCAAUAAAAUUCUAGAAUAUUGUUGGAGGUAAAACAAAUUUGAACCAUUGUCCCAUCCAUCCGUUCCCAUCCAUCCAUCCAGAAACAUUAAGGACAAUAAUUUUGACACCACUGAAGAGAAUUUAACAAUUGUAUAAUGAUAGAUAACUGUGAGAGAUGAACUGUCAUGAUACACGUCGUCUAUUUUUAACAUUUUGUACAGUUAGCACUCCAGAGAUCAUAGUUAAUGAAACUUGGCCAGAAUGUUUACCCCAAUAAAAUACUGAAUGACUUUGAAAGUAAGCCGUCUGCGGUCAAAAGCAAGGUCACUAUAGGUUAAAUUAUAGAAAUACCAUGUUAAAUCUCCAGAGGUCACAUUUUCUUCUAGAUCUAUAUGAAGCCUGGUCAGAUCGUUUUGCUUUUUAAAUCCAGUCAGAUUGUUUACCAUUUUAAAAUACAGGGCAAGUUUGAAACUAGGUUGUCUGGGAUCAAGAACUAGGUCAUUAGGUCUAGUCAUAGAAAAGCAUUGUUAAUACUCUAGAGGCCAUAUUUUCUGUCUUGUUGAUGAAACCUAGUCAGAAUAUUUGCGUUUAUGAAGUCUAUGUCAUAUUCAAAACUGGGUCAUUAAGAUAAAAAGCUAGGUUAUAAGGUCAAGUCAUAAAAUGUAUUGUUGGUAUUUAUUGAGGUUGUACUCUCUACCCAGGUCAUAUUUUUGCUCCAAUCGUGAUGAAACUUGGUCAGAAUGUUUAUCUCCUUGAAAACUCAGAUGAGUUUGAAACUGGGUCAUGUGGUUCCAAAAACUGGGUCACUAGGUCAAACAUGUUUAUGUUGUGUUACUCUGGUGAGCGACCUAGGGCCAUCAUGGCCCUCUUGUUAUAAUUUCAAGUCGGACAAAAAAAAACUUUCUGAUCAUGUACACUUAAUAAAAGAGGUUGAAAUUAGAACAGAAAGUAAGUUUGAGAAGUAAGCUGACUGGAUGUUUAAGGCAAGUGUCUGCUUGAUAGAGGUGACCGCUCAGGCAGGUAAAACUGUACAUCUAGUUUUCAAUGUCAAACCUUCCUUUAGUGAUGUAUACUUGGUUACAGUUAUUAUCUGAAUAUCAGAAAAUAUCUUAAUUACGCGGUUAUCAUUAAAGUUAAUCUUUAUGUCACUUGAAACUUAGUCUGUUGAUAACCUAUGAACUGCGGGGACAUCACUGAAGUUUUUUUUGUUUUGUUUUUUAAUUUCGAAGUGAAGAUAUUCAUGCAACAUACGGCACCUCUCUCGGAAUGCUCAGAUGUCUACCAUCUGAUAAUCGAUAUAUUCGUCUGUCUUUACUUUCUUUUUGUCACGGCUAAAAGUACAUACGAUAAAUUGUCCAGACCCAGAAGUCUAGAUUCAGUUAGGCCAGAAACAUAAAUUCAAUUUGUAACAAUCCUCAAAACACUUCCGUCUAAAUCCUUACCGCCCCAUCCUAACCAGGGCACACGUGUAUUGCUUACUUAUUGUUUAUUAGGCACGAGAAAAACUAAGGACAGCUCUCCUGUUAUUUGAACACGCUACUUUAGACUCCAUGCACAAGAAUAUAUCCUGGUUCAGUAUCUUUUUCAGGUUUAGCUGUAUGUGCAAAACUUGAGCUUGAGUUUUUUUUUCUUUUCUUUUUUGUUUGUUUGUUUGUUUAAUUGACUGUUUGGUUCAUUCGUGUAAGAGUAUUCUAAUAACAACAACAGCAAUAACAUCGUCUUAGCACUUCUCUUUGCUUAAUUAACAGAGAAAAACAACAUAAAUUUAACUUGGCCUUUUUGGCAAGACAUGCUAUUUUAUCAGUUUUGGAAAACCAAUGUUUGCAUAUCAUACACGGUCUAAAAUGUUUUAACGACGAAUCCAAGCAAACAUGUCGGACAAGUCUGAAAACCGGGAAGAGGUAAAUUUAGAAGAUCGAAGUGAAGAUGCCAAAACAGAGCCCAGCGAUUAUCACCAGCUCAAAGGCAUUGCUACCGUUGGUCUCAAUGUUGCUCUCUUUGGCAAUACUGUUGCAGACAUGAAGAACAUUUACGAUACAAAAGACACAAAUGGUUCCACAGAUGUUUAUGUUGUUCUCUGGUUGCUGAGGUUGUCUUUUUGUUUCCAAGUUUUUGUGGCAUUGAUCGCAAUUCUUAUGUAUGUGAUGGGUAGGAAGGACGACAAAUGCCAACAGAAAUCGGACAAGUACAAACGUCUGUCAAUUUAUAACUGCGACGAAGACGAACCAGAACAAAAUCACCGCUUUCACAGACCAGUGUGUUGUGGAUUGUCUCUGUACAAGAUGUUGUAUUUGACGAGCUUAAUUUGCAUACUGAUCAUCACAUUCCUCCAAAUCAUCGCUAGUAUCUGGAGUGCAGGUUUAGGAAUCGAACUUAAGUCGGCAAAUGAAGAGGUUGAUCAGUAUACUAGUGAUUCUCACACGACAAUGAACCCAAACUUCACAACCACAAUGGAAACCACAACACCAGCUUAUCAUUCUACAACUGUUUUGACAAGUAAAGGAACCACGACAUCUUCGUAUCAUUACCAGCGAUCUUGUGGCCCAAAUAGAGCAUGUGAAUUCCGGCGGUUGUGUGGCACAAACGAAAGGGUGUACGUUUAUCAUUACACAAAUUAAAAGAAAAUUAGACAGUCGACUUCAAAGAUAUCCAAUGGUCAUCUUUUAUAUUUGAUAUUUACUUCCGAUGUAUAAAAUCCUCAUCAAAUGUAUUUAACUUUACUAAAUAUAUGAAUUAAGUUUGCAUAUAGAACUACAUUCAUAAUCAAAUGUCAUGCAAGUAAUAACAGCCAGUUUUUUUUUAUUUCUAUGCAUGUAAACAAAUAUAAUGCAUAGUACUGUUAAUACAUAAAAGCUUGUUAAUUUAUGUUUACAUAAACGUUCAAGAUCUGGAUCUAAUAUACCUAAAAAUAUGAUUUGUAUUCAUGUUAACAAUCAACUACAGUUACAAAUACUUCAAAAUAAAAAAGUACUUAUAACUUUAACAUACUAUUUUUAUAUAAACUGCUAUGAACUUUUUCUAUAUGCAUUGUGGCAAUAAACUUUUGAAAUGAAUUGAAUAUCUAAUUCCACUUAGUUGCUCCGGAUAUUUGCAUACAAAGUGGAAGUUUUAUACUGCUUGUCAAGUAUACACUUCCAAAAACUAAGACCUGCAUACCUGUUCAUGUACAUGGGCAUACUUUUUCAUUGCAUUA